GCCCUUGAAAACUGGCAACGCAAUUAAUCGACACGUGUUGGGCGCUUAUUUUGUACCUAGUCUCAACUUUUAGACAUUAGAGAUGGGACUUUUGGAUAUGGAUUUAUUUGCUGACUUUAAACGUAUGAACAAAAGACAGGUAUACUAUCAGGUGUUAACCAUUGCUAUGGUUGUAGCCUCUGCCCUAAUGAUCUGGAAGCUUUUAGUAGUUAUUAGCUAUAGCGAAAGUCCUUUAGUAGUUGUCUUAAGUGGCAGUAUGGAGCCUGCAUUCCACCGGGGUGAUGUGUUGUAUCUAACUAAUUAUCCUGAUGAGCCCAUCCGAGUUGGUGACAUCGUUGUAUUCAAAAUUGAAGGGAGAGAAAUUCCUAUUGUUCAUCGCGUUCUGAGACUGCACGAAAAGUUUGUUUAUGCUUUAAUAGAGUGGACAUUAAGUCUCGUUUUUCAUAUGGAAAGAUGCUAUUUCCCUAAACAUCUUUAUUGAAAUAAAGAGAUAGGUGUAGAAAUCGCUAUAAGAUAUCUUCAUUUCAUUCCAGGGCUGUGUGGUUCUUUUGAUUUACAGCCGGUAGAGUUUUUGAACCCAUUUAUUUAGGACAACUUGAUAAUGAAUAAUGAUAAUAAAUCUCCCAACUGUGGAAGUCUUUAGGAAUUUUGAGAAAAUGCUAAAGAAGAUGUGAACAAAACCCCAAUAUUCUUAAUGGCCUGGGGUUUUCCUCCAAACAAGCUGGAAUCUUGCGAAAAUUCUCAAAACCUGUAUCUUUAAUAGUUCUCUCCAAUAUGUCCACAUAGUUAACAUUAAAUUUACAAAAACAUUAGGCCGAUUCAACCAAUUCCAUCGAUGAAUCCCUGAAAUUUCAAUAUUUACUUCGUUAAAAGACUCAGUGUUUCCAUGGAAUUCAAGGAAAUCCUGCAAUGUUCAUUUUGAAAUACUAGGUUUCCCAUAACUUUGUUGAAAAAACAACAAAAUCUCUAGAUUUUGGGAAAAAAACUGAAAGUUAAAAAAUUGCUGAGCACCCAAUUAAUAUUACAGUACACCGAACCACCCUUUUCACCAUUUACUGUGUUUUUGCCAGAACAGUGUAUUUGCUUAUCGUACGUGCAUCAUAUUUAUCUAGAAAGUGCCAGUGCUUUCAAAGCAAAAAUAGUAAAACCAAUGUUAUUUCUUACAGUUGUUUAGUUUAUAUAGUGACUGCUGAUAAGUUGUGUUCAGGAUGUCACACUAUAAAUAAUAUUUUUAUCAUGUGAUAUCAAGUUAUCUACUUAAAUUCAAAAAGUCCUCAGAUGUUAGCAGAAAUCAACAAUAACACUGUUUGAAUAUUCCGUAAAGUUUUUGAUACACGUUUCUACGUAACAUUUAUCAUGAAAGUAAUUAAUAUAUUGAUUGUCAGUCACUUUGCCUCAAAUGAUCUAGGGUUUCUUUAUAGUUGUAUUAACACGUCAAAUAGUAACACAUCACUUGUAUCUUAAUUUCGAGUUCUAUGAAACUAGAGAUUAUCGAUAAGGAAUGCUUGACAACUUUAAGUAAAAUAUGAGUUCUUAACAACGUUCCUAUCCAGAUGAUGUAUAUUUCCUGUGAGUUUCUUGAUAUGCAACUUGAAAAUGUAUGACACAUUCUCGUAAUCCUUUUUAGUGUCAACGGUACCAUCAAGUUUCUCACAAAGGGAGACAAUAAUCCUGUUCAUGAUCGUGGUUUGUAUGCUCCUGGUCAAGAUUGGCUGACACCAUCCCAUCUUAUUGGACGAGCUAGAGGAUUCAUACCUUAUGUUGGUCAAAUCACCAUACUUAUGAAUGAAAAUCCCCGUCUUAAAUACUCUGUCUUAGGCGUUAUGGGUAUCUACUUAUUAUUGAAUAGAAAUCAAGAGUAAUAAAACUUGUACAAAUGUACAGAAACAUUAUAUAUAUAUAAGUUUUAAUUCCUAUGUAACCAUAGUCACUUUUUUAUUUUAUGAAAACUAACCACUGAUCGUGUUGUUGUUCAACUGCUAAUGACAAGUCAGACGCCUUUUUAGUCAAGUGAUUUGUACUUCCUUUUUGUUGCUACUGUUAUUGUUGUUUUGUUUUUUUUUUACUUCUAACCGUGAUGCUUAUUGUCGAUGUGUUUGAAGUUAAUUUCAGGUUUAUUAUUUUUCCAAACAAAGCGCUAUCUCUCUGGGGGUGGAGGUAUUUUUUUCAUCGUCUUUCUCUUUAACCUCUGGCGACCUUUAAUUAUUCAAGCUAACGUCCAUAGAUAUGAGGCGAUAACUGAGCAGUAAUAAUGGUGCUCAAUUUUCGGCCAACUUGAUCACGGUUUUAAAUUGUGCACUCAACUUCUUCAGUUAAAGUAACUAGGUCAUAUCAUAUUAGCCUUCAUAUACAUAGAGUGUUGUUCAAAGCCAAGCAUACAAAUCUAUACUUCCUAGUAAAUGAGUCAGUCUGUACCUUAUAGAUAAAUUUUAAUUUCAGUAAGUGAUUUCUAUAAAUCUGGUAUCCGUUAAAUUUCAUCCAUCCAUUCAUUCAAAUACCUGGGAAGCAUAAUUGACGAACAAGGAGGUUCAUAUGCAGACGUAAAGGCGAGGAUUGGCAAAGCAAGAACAGCAUUCCUACAGUUGAAGAACAUAUGGAACUCAAAAC